UAAUAUUUUAAAUUGCCGAAGUACAUAUCAUGAGAGUAAUUAUUUCGUUUGUCACGAAAUAAUUUUAGUUGUUUUAAUCAAGAAAUGGCUAUUAAAUCGCUUCGUAUCUUAAAAUAUAAAUUCUCACUCUAUAUCUCGCUUGAUUCGCUUUGAAUGAGUUAAAACUAACUAAACUGGUCGCUAUGAGCUUUGUAAUCACAACAAAGCGUUACUAUGGACACCUCGAUACUUUAAUGGACCUGGACGGCUGGACGACAGUCGGUUCUGCGGUGACCAACUGCGAAGUUGAACUGUUAAACACACUUGAAGGGAAGUCUUGCAGUAGCCAAUAGUUUUGCGUUGUACAGAUACUUAAAAAAAAAAAAUUCGUAUGGACUUGCGUAUGCAUUUGAAAUUAAUCGCGAGAUGGUCGCGAAUCGACUGGAGGACAGCUGAACGAUUGAUGUUACGGAGCAUCCUAAAAUGUCACGCGGAAGUCGGGCCUCUCGUGAGCGAAGAUCUACAGCGAUCGGUGAACAGCUUCAGCGAAAUGACAGCGAGGAUGAAGCUUCCGUUCGCGGUUUGGAAAACGACAGCUACGUGAAACGCGGUAGCACGCCGUCACAGAAGCGCUGGACCAGCUCGGAAGAUUUGAGCCGACCCUACGGCCGGGAAAUCAAAACAGGUUUUUCUCGGAGGCAAGAUAACACCGAAGACACGGAGACCGAGUCACCGGAUGCUAAGGGCAAUAAUAAGUCACGCAAAAUCGAGUCAUACUCGUCUCGCGGAAAGGCGCGUUAUUCCGACGUUCACGCAAACGAGAAAAGAAUCGCGUCGGGUUCUCUCGGGAGAAGGAGGAAACGCAGUAAACGGACUGAAAGACGAAAAUUUGGGACGCGACCUCGCACGGCGGAUCACGAUCACGAUCGAACAGAUACCGGAUCUUCCGCGAGACGCUACAGUGACAGGGAAGAUAGCCUCACUGAUAAAUCACGAAAAAGGAAUAGGAACGUUUCCCGAGCGGACGACGAGGUGCCCAUUACCGAGAUUCUGAAGAAGGCUCAAGAAAAUGCGCGUACAAAAUACGAGGAACCUAUGCCGCUUCCGGAAUUGACUACGGACACAAUUUAUAUUCAAGGCAGAAGCGGCUUUAGCGCCGUGAAAAUUGGCGGAUCGGGACGUGCUUUGGGAAAUGAUAUGACACGUGCAACAAAAGGUAGAGGUGGCUGCGAUUCCGCAGAGACUCGGACCUACACGCUUAUAAAGGUGGCAAUCACGGCGCAGAAAUUUUGGAAGUGUACAGGUCUCGUUUAUCAGGGUCUCUUGGGCGGGAUGGCAUUUCUGCAUUUCAUAAUGAUUCAUGUCUUUUUUAACACUUCAAUGGAAUUCAUGUCGAAUUACUCAAUUUUCUCCGAAAUAUAUGCAAAUAUAUUCUCCUUCUUAGUCGCUCUCUGUAUCAUCUCCAUCUUCGAUAAAUUCGAUCUGGCGCGGCUCGAUACGGAUCACUUGCGCGAGAUUUACACGGAUCACGCGAAAACCGCGAUCGCCAUUCCGCUUUAUCUGAUAACGUUUGGACUCCACCAUGCGUCGUCGAAGGUGGACGAUCAGUUAGCUUUAAUACAUUAUCGUGGCAUCAAUGAAACGUGGUCAAACAAUACGAUGCAGGAAACUUUCCUCGAGGAACUGAACGGCUGGCAGAAGGUAACGAUAUCGAAAGAUUUGCUCGCGGUCUUCGCCUGGCUGUUCGUCGCUCUUGGAACGCGGGACAACAUGCUAUUGACGCACCUCGAAGCGAUGGUGCAAUACGCGAGCGACGCGGAAUCCCCGAGAUGACAUUCGAGGAAUGACUUUCACUGUCGAACGAGACAAACGCACGUGAAGCUCUUCCGCGCGAUCGCGCAGAAGAGCAGACUGAUUGUGAAUGUUAUUAAGUACUUGAAAAACAGAAAUAUUCUAGAGAAUAAUUGUUCCCUUUUCUGAAUACUUACCGAUGCCCGUCGACUCGAGCCUCGAUUCCGGGUACAAAGAAUGUGUUCAGCCAACACUCCAAAGGAGAAGGAUUUAAAUAACAUUAAAGGUACGAUUUAAACAUUUAUUUGUAACAGAAUAGCGUUUGAUAUGUACAAUAUAUAUAAAGUCCGCCUAGACGCUAUAGUCGAUAAUAUAUGUAUACAUAAUAGCAAAGAGAGGACAAUAAUAUUACGAUUAAAAUAACGUAUGACGCGCCUGGUACAGUA